AUGUAUUUACCUAUAGAUAUGUUGUCCGUGUUUUUACUGAUAGUAGUGUUUGCGAUUUCACAGGCUUAUGUUAACGUUGCCCUCAAUAAACCAGCAUACCAGCAAUACUCUGCACGAAGUGAUGACAGAUAUGACGCCAGUAACGCUGUGGACGGACGUAAAUCUGAUCUUAGCAUGAAUGGUGGUCAAUGUGCUUUAUCAGUGUCCUUUUUAACCGCCACCUGGUGGGUGAACCUGACCAGCAUCCACAGUAUUCAUCACAUCACUAUCUACUUUAGGACGGAAAAUGACGAUUACAUGUUUCGGAUGCACCUAGCAGGCCGUGUUCUUGGAUUCUCCGUCUAUGUCUCCAAUACCACGGAUAGAUCACAGGGAACGUUGUGUUUCAAGGACGACAACUUUACAAUAAACACAAUACCUUCUGUCUUCACAGCAAAUUGUUUUAAUCAUGGACAAUAUGUCAUCUACUACAACGAGAGACUACCAGGAGUUGUCUACCCUGACAAUUAUGAAAGUUUCGUAGGGACUGACCUCUGUGAAGUAGAGGUGUAUGGUUGUGACAGUGGUUCAUACGGCGUUGACUGCAACGAAAUUUGUGGAAACUGUCUCAAUGAAAGUCAAUGUUCUAAUGUCAAUGGAACAUGCUUCACUGGAUGCAAUGCUGGCUACGAGGGGGACUUGUGUAAAACAGAAUGCAAUAGAGGAUCUUAUGGAUAUGAAUGCAAUGAAACAUGCGGGCACUGUAGAAACAACAGCUACUGCUUUCCGAUUAAUGGUACUUGCUUAACUGUAUGUGAUGUUGGCUAUGAAGGAGCCUUAUGUAAAACACAAUGUGAUAAAGGAUCGUAUGGUAUUGGAUGUAAUGAAACAUGUGGACACUGUCGUGAUGUAAGCCAAUGUUCCCAUAUCAAUGGAACAUGCUUAACUGGAUGUGAAACUGGUUUUAAAGGUGACGUAUGUAAAUUAGAUUGUGACAGUGGUUCAUACGGCGUUGACUGCAACGAAAUUUGUGGAAACUGUUUGAAUGAAAGUCAAUGUUCUAUUAUCAAUGGAACAUGUUUCUCUGGAUGCAAUGCUGGCUACGAAGGGGACUUGUGUAAAACAGAAUGCAAUAGAGGAUCUUAUGGAUAUGGAUGCAAUGAAACAUGCGGGCACUGUAGAGACAAAAGCUAUUGCUUUCCGAUUAAUGGUACUUGCUUAACUGGAUGUGAUGUUGGUUAUGAAGGAGCUUUAUGUAAAACACGUGAGUAGGCAAUUUUGAGGCAUAUAAUUUAAUUAACAUAUGUGUUCUUUUGUUGCAACAUUUUCAGAUCUUAUUAUAAGUAUAAAAAAUUGCAAUAUUAAAGCAAAAAUACUAUGUAUAUUUUUGUGUCUGUUGACAUAUAGUUCAUGUAUGGAAAUGCAUAUUUUAAUUUCUAAUUACGGUUUGAAACAAAGGUGCAUACUAGACACAAGUGAGUAGAAUGAAAAGUGAUUACAUCAUUAUGAUCAAAGAAAAACAAUAAUGCAUGCAUUAUAUGUGUUUCUUUAGUUUGAAAGUACAAAAUUUGAUAUUAGAAACAAUUAAAAAGAAAGCAAAGUUAUAUGUUUAAUUUACUAUUUGUUUCUAUAUCUGUAUA